AUUUGCUAUGUUUUCACUGGAGUAGGAAGUCAAUGGGCUGGCAUGGGCAUAACAUUAAUGCAAAUACCAAAAUUCGCGGCAACAAUGCAUAAAUUGAACAAAUAUCUAGAUCCACUUUGUGUAGAUAUUGUGAAGAUUAUUACUGAUACAAAUCCAAAAGUUUUUGAUAAUCCAUUGUAUGCAAUACUUGGAACUACAGCGAUCCAAAUUGGUUUAGUUGAUGUAUUGAAUGCAAUUGGCAUCAAAGCGGAUCAUAUGAUUGGUUAUUCCACUGGAGAAUUCGCAUGUGCCUAUUCUGAUAAUUGUUUAACUGCUGAGCAAACAAUUUUGGCUGCAUAUUAUCGUGGAUUAACAUUGUUUGAUUCCAAAAUGAUUGGGAAGUCGAUGGCUGUGACUGAUCUUAAUUCAAAUGAGUUAUUAAAUGACUAUACAACAGAAACCAAUAGUGAUGAGCAUAUCAAUAAAAGAAACAGCAUGGGAAUUUCUGGUUUAGUAGAGCCAGGAUUACUGAAAGAAUUAAGAAAAUUAAUUCCAAAUCCAAAGUCUAAAUCAAACAAGUGGAUUACUAAAAGAGAAUCAACAAACAUGAAGAAUAAUGCGAACGACGAAUUAUUUAUUCUUGAAAUAUCACCAGAUAAUUCAUUAGUCGAUCUGUUAAAAGAUGUUAUUGAUAAAAAGAAUGUAUUUAUUGGAUCAUUGAUCUUGUAUACAAAAGGUUUUAAUCCACAAUUGGCAACAUUGUACCCCGAAGUACAAUUUCCUGUAAGCUGUGGUACUCCAAUGAUAGGACACACCGUAAAAUGGGAACAUUCAAGAAAAUGGCCAGUACCAAAAGAAGGCUUUAGUUGGGUCGACACAUCGUUGGAAAAAACGAUUUUAAUCGAUGUGACUAAGCCAACAUAUGAAUAUCUUACAGGCCACGUAGUUGAUGGUCGUAAUCUUUUUCCGGCAACUGGUUACUUAGUUUUAAUGUGGAACGCCUUAUCAGAAAUUGAAGGGGAAUUAUUGGAAAAUAUUGCAGUGGAAUUUGAAGAUGUUAAAUUUUUACGGGCUACAAAUAUUCCAAAAAAAAAUACACUAACAUUUGGAAUGAUGAUACAAAAGGGUACCGGAAAUUUUGAAAUUUUAGAAAGUGAUUCAGUUGUCGUCACUGGUCGACUCAAGCGUUUACCUCAUAAUUCCAAAGAAUUACUAAAGCUGCCCGAAGUAAAACCAAUUGUCAAUGAUACUGAUAAGUUACCGUUAAACUCACGUGAUAUUUACAAAGAGUUGCGCUUACGUGGCUACAAUUAUCAAAAUGAGUUCAAGGGCAUUAUAUCUACGGAUAAUAGUGGCUUUGUUGGACAAAUUCAAUGGAAACCAAACAUGUGGACUGCAUUUAUGGAUAAUAUGCUACAACUGCAAAUAUUACAAGAAGAUGCCAGAUAUUUAUAUGUACCCACAAGUAUACGAAAAUUAACAAUAUAUCCGCAUGAACAUUUCCAACAUAUCCAAGAACACGAAGAUGGUAGACAGUCAAUAACCGUCACAAAUUACAAAGAAUAUAAAGUACUACAAGGUGGAGGUAUCCAAAUUGAGGGUUUAAUGGCAACAUCAAUAAAUCGUCGUAAACCUUUGGCUGAAUCUGUUUUAGAAAAACAAGAAUUUGUUCCAUUAAUAAAUUGUAUUUCCCAAAAAUAUACGGUUGUUGAUGCUAUGCGAAUAUUUUUCCAAAUCGGCUUAGAGAAUAACCCAAGUGUUAAAGUAAAAGUCGUUGAGGUUGAUAAUGAAGUCAACGAUAUAUUGGCACCAGUAAUUUUUGAAGUCCUAAGCGACCUACCAUUAAUUCAACCUGAUAUAACAGUUCUUUCAAGUCGAUCUUUUCAAUUGCCAAAUAAUUGUCAAGUCUCUAACAAACCAUUAGAAACUGAAUCCAAAGCUGAUUAUAUUGUGACAUAUGAUUUACUAAACAAUCCAAAUAAAUUGUCAGUCAUUGGUACUGUUUCAAAAAAUAAAGAUAGUUUUUAUACCUGA